UGUAAGUGAUAAACUCACCAAACAAAAUCUUCUUUCUUCUUCUAGCUACUAUACUUCUUGUUCUAUAACUAACCAAAAGGAAAUGGACAGAAUUAACUCAAAGCUCUACUUGCAAAAUUGCUACAUAAUGGCUGAAAAUGAAAGGCUAAGGAAAAAGGCAGAGUUAUUGAAUCAAGAAAAUCAACAACUUUUAAGUGAACUCAAACAUAGGUUAUCACAAGCUGGUCCUAGCAACACCACCAACAAUAAUAACAACAAUGGAGGAGGAAAAAACAAUUCAAUUCCUGAUCUCAAUCUCACAAAUUGUUCUUCAUCCAAGAAUGCUUCAUCAAAAUCCAAGAAAAAGUGAAAAAAAUAAA